UGUCGCACUGAGCCCCCACCUCUCUUCCCCUUCUCCCGAUCCAUAUCGGAUGGGGACCUCUCCCUCCACUCCGACGACAUCAGCCCUCCACCAGUACCACUGGCCACUCUCCCGUGCCUCCCUGCCGCUCCCUGUUGACUGACACCGCCCCACCAUCGCCCCAAGCGAAUCCCAUGGCGGCUGGCUGCUCCCCCUGCUCGAAUCGGGUUCGGCCGGUUCCGGCAACCUCGCCGGCCGAUGCCGCUGCCCCCAGCGCGUUGUCGGCGACCACCGCACCGUCAUCAGUCGCUCUCCCUCCCCGGCUCCUCCCUGUGCUGCCUCGUGCCUCCACGCUGUCCCAUGGCGCCGCCGGCCAUCGCACCUCCCCACACCCGUUGCCUCCCUCCGCUAGCGCCGGAUUGCUUCCUCGGAGGGAGUCAAGGAAGGAUCUCUCGGCAUGACUUUAAUUAAUAUUGCUGCAACAAUAUGACUAUUAAUUGUGUUACCUGUUCUACUCUCGUCUAUUGCUGCAAGAC